GCGACGAGGGUCCAUUAAGUUUAAAGCUUUCCGGGUUCACCCUGUCAACAGUCGCUGGGUGUGCUGCUGCUGCUACGGAGGAGCAACGAUGUCGGAGCAGGAGUCUCUGAGGUGCUCCAGUGCCAGAAACCGUGGAGGCGUACAGAGGGUGGAAGGAAAACUGCGAGCCAGCGUAGAAAAGGGGGAUUAUUAUGAAGCACAUCAGAUGUACAGGACUUUAUUUUUUAGGUACAUGUCACAGGGGAAACAUGCGGAGGCCAGGGAGCUGAUGUAUAACGGAGCAUUGCUCUUCUUCAGCUACAACCAGCAAAACAGCGCAGCAGAUCUGUCCAUGCUGGUGCUGGAGGUUUUGGAGAAAUCUGAGACAAAAGUUGAAGAUGAAAUAUUAGAAUGUCUGGCUAAACUGUUCAGCCAGAUGGACCAGAACUCUCCAGAGAGAGUAGCAUUUGUUUCCAGAGCCUUGAAAUGGUCCACAGGAGGGUCUGGCAAGUUGGGUCAUCCAAAACUACACCAGCUGCUUGCUGUCACUUUGUGGAAAGAGCAAAACUACAGUGAGUCUCGUUAUCACUUCCUGCAUUCCUCUGACGGGGAGGGCUGUGCACACAUGUUGGUGGAGUAUUCAGCAUCACGAGGCUUCCGCAGUGAGGUUGACAUGUUUGUGGCGCAGGCCGUCCUACAGUUCCUCUGCUUAAAGAACAAAAACAGCGCUUCCGUGGUGUUCAGCACGUACACAGAGAAACACCCGUCCAUAGAGAGGGGCCCUCCUUUCGUGCAGCCUCUACUAAACUUUAUCUGGUUUCUGCUGCUGGCAGUGGACGGGGGUAAAUUAACAGUUUUCACAGUGUUAUGUGAGCAAUAUCAGCCUUCCCUGAAGAGGGAUCCCAUGUAUAAUGAGUAUCUCGACAGAAUAGGACAGCUUUUCUUUGGCGUUCCACCCAAACAGUCCCCAUCGUAUGGCGGACUACUAGGCAAUCUGCUGAACAGCCUGAUGGGUUCGGGUGAGGAGGAUGACGGAACUGAAGAACCUCCAGAGGACAGCCCCAUAGAAUUAGACUGAGCACGCAGCCUGGGACGAGGGAAUCAAGAACAAACACACAAAAAAUAAUGAAUAAGACCACCCAGCCUCCUUCCUUCAGGUCCACCGCGGGGUCAGGGCACGGUGGUGGUCUGUGAUUUCAGAGGUGUGCUGUUUAACAGAAACAUCAUCUCUCAAAUCAUCCAGUCAAAAAAAAAAAAGCAAGAAAGAAAAACUAUUGGACCGGCAAAACAAACAAAUACAAAAAAACACCCCCGUCAGCACUGCCUGGACUGACAACGCCAAACUGCAAACUGUUUUUGUGUUGAACUGUUAUAUACAAUUAUUUUAAUCAUUUUUGUUCUUUAAGGGUGUAAGAUUUUUAAACAAGACAUCACAACUGUCCUCUCUGCUUGUGAAAACCUGCUCCUAGGAGGUAGUUGGAGUCUCAGUGGAGAGGACAGCAUCACAAGUCUGUCUCCAUGACAUAAUGUCGCAGAUAAGAGGGUUUAGUUGGCUCACAGCAAGUCUCCAACUUGCCACGGUAUAGCUGCUGUUGGCGUUUUUCAACUUAUUCCGUUACAGGUUUCUUCUUCAUCUUCUUCUCUCAGUAGGAUAUUAAAUUAUGCUUUUUAGUUGAGGUCAGGUUUCAGCAUCUCAUCUGCGGUUUAAUGGACAUUU